UUGCAAAGUAGAGAUUACUAAUAGUAUGAUAAACAUUUAAACUGGAUUCGAGUAAAAUUAUGCAGAAUGAAUACGGCCCUGAGGGAAACAGUGCCCCCUGCGCCAGCCGUGAAAAGCCCCAAUAAACAACAAACCCGUGAGUCCUAAGCUCUCAAGGGAAAAGUAAAAUAUUGAAGGCUUCCCAAAGUGUUAAACUUAAAAAGUGUAACAAAAGGGAAAAUCAUCGAAAGUCAAGUGUUGGGACCGUACAAAAAAAGCUAUUUAUAAUGGGCAGUACAGAUAAGGCCGUAAUCACGGGCUUCAUAUGCAGGCUCUGCAGCAAGAUGAACCGAUUCGUGAUCCACAUAUACGGAGAGGAAGGCGAAAGGAUGAGACUUGCGGAGAAGAUAAACGCAUAUUUACCAAUCACGGUAAAGAUGAACGAUCCUUUGCCAAAGACAGCCUGUUUGCAUUGCAUUGAACGAUUAGAGGCACACCAUGAACUGAUGGAGCAGUUUAUGUUUGCCAGACGAAAAUUGACUAAUGAAAACAAGGCAACAUCAGUAGCAUCGUCUUCGAGCACAACUGUCGAUGCAACACCUGCCCCAAAUUCUCCUCCUUGUUGACCCAUUUAGCCAUCGAGAUGUCUUCGCGCUCAUCGACGUUAAAUAUGUCUCGUUUUCUAAAUCUUGUCCCUGUUCUGUCUAUUGCCACAUUGCCAAUACGACUCACGCCGUUUUGUGGUAAAAAGAUAGCUGGAAGCUAGUUCUAAUUUAUGAACAUCUAUUUUAAAAACAUAGAUGCAAAUUCCAUUUUGAUAGACAUUAGACUUAAUCCAUGUCACGUAAGCUCAUAAUGCGCACAGUUAAAUAUUUUGGUACUCCUAAAUCAUAUAUAUAGCAUAAUCUCAAGAAUACCUGCAGAUAUGAGGAAGAAACGAAAGACUUCCACUAAUUUCCAAGUCUCUCGCAGCGGCACAUCUAUCCUUAUGCUUACAUAAACUCUAAUCCUUGGAGAAUAUAAACCAUCUCGAAAGAAUAUGUCCCCUAUCAUCAUCAACACUGCGUUCGUAAUUAGACAUUAUUUUGCACAGGACAGAGCAAGGUCGAGACGAACAACGAGAGUUACUGAUUUUUUUUUACCAGAUGCAAUGAGAUUGUGGUACAAGUAAAAAUUGCCAUAUUGAUUCACUUGUUGGCCAUAGAAACUUACAUAUAUGCCUUUUGACAAAGUAAACGUGACGUUCUGGAUGAAGAGAAAAUAUACAGUGAACAAUUUCUUUGGAUGGUGUCACACAAUAAUAUUCGGACGCUCAAUAAUGUAAUCCGUCAUACCUUCUGUAUCCAAGAGAAUCAAGAGAAUGGACAUAGAGUCGAUAUUGCGAAUGAUUUGUGUACAUACAAUACACACCAUGAUCAAAGAGAGAGACCACGAAGCUUGCAUUAACAGCCUCUUCUUCAAAGGAUUCUUUUGUCCUAAUGCAAAAUAGUUUGGAUCAAGAGUUGGAAUUCACGAACUUCCGUCCAAGUGUCUCUUUCCAGGAUCACGUGUCUAAGGCGAUCACCAGAUAUUCCAGACGAUUAAUCCCACCGUAGAGAAACGACAGCUUGCUAAGGACCAGCAAACCGCGUCUGUUCUCUCGAUGAUCAUCUAAUUGAUUAACGCGUUCUUAUCUAAUUGGGCAUAUAAGUGAAUCAAAAGGCCAUGCAAGUAUAUAUAUACAUAUACAUAUAUAUAUAAUCAAAAAAUUAUAUAUAAAUAUAUAUGUAUGCAUAUCGAAUUAUUAUCAUAUAGAACGACUAUUGUACACUAUGUUAUUUAGUCACAUCGAUCAUUCAGAAUCAGUAGAUAUAUAUGAAAUAGAUAGGUGCCGAAUAAUUAUAAUAUGUAUAUAUAUAUAUGGACAACAUAUGUCUUGUGUACAUAUAAUAUACAAACCAUAUAUUGUGUAUACCAUAUAGUAUACAAGACAAGAGACAGAUACUAUACACAGACACUAUAAAUAUAUACUGUACGAUUUGAAUAUAUUUGUAAAAUUAUUAUAUAUAUAUAUAUAUAUAUAUAUAUAUAUAUAUAUAUGUAUAUAUAUGUAUGUAUUUUUGUGUAAGGCGCAUUGAGAAGCGUGGAUAGCCAAUCUUCUCUCUACGCUGAAUUAUAAUAAACUCUCUGUAUAAAAUAACGUAAA